AUGAAAUAUUAAAAGAAAUCAUAAUUGAUUGAUAGUUAUGUAUUUUAUAGAGCACAGAUUAAAUUAUAAUUCUAAUAAAAUUUCAUAAAUAAUAAAUAUUUCAUCUACUUAUUAUAUUACUGCUUUUUAAUUUGCUACUAUAAUUAGAAAUUAAGGUAAAAAAGCAUUAAUUAUCUUUUUUUAAUUAUUUUUCUAUCUAUUUAUGAAAUUUAUAUAUAAAUAUAUAAAGUGUUUGCAAUCACUAUAAAUUUUAUAUAUCUAUUUAUCUAUCGAAAAUAAAGAAAACAUUUUUUAAUUCGGAUAAUUGAUAGUAAUUUCAUAUCAUAUCAAAGUUUGUCUGAGAUCACAGAGUAAGGAUUAAAUAAAAAUUUGAAAAAAGCAUAAGAUCCCUAAAGGCACAUAUAAUUUAAACAGUUAGGUUAAAUGAUAGAAAAUUAUAACUAGUUAUCGUAAUUAGCUAAUAAUGAAUAGAAUUGUAGAAAUUCAGAAAUACCAAUAAUUACAAAUUUAGUUGGUCGUUUAUAAAAGAGUAAUGCACUAAAAAACUCAGUUGAAGAAAAUGAUGAAAGUUGGGAUUUCGAUUUUUAUAGUGUUAACUAAACUACUAUUUAAGAUUAAAUGUAAUUGCAACUCUUAAAUGAAAGUUUUAGUUUAAAUAUGGAUACUAAUAAAAUUAAUAAUUGUUUCAUAUAUAAGCACCAAAGAACAUUUUCAUCAUAAAUAGAAUAGCAAAAUAAAAAACCUAAAAUUUCUUAAUAAGCUAUUUUAUAGACAGUAAUAGCAAUUAUAAUAAAUGUUUUUGUUUCUGGUUUUAAAGGUACCGCAUUUUUAAUGAUAGAUAUUAGAGAUUCUGAAGAUGAAACUUAAACGGGAGGUUUUAUAUUACGGGCCUUCUGGCGACAAAUAUUAGCAUCAAUAUUUUUUAUACCAUUAAUUUAUCAAGAAUAUGACAAGGAAAAAAAAGAAGAAAUAAAGGAAAUGAGACUUUAUCAAAUUGAGCAUAUUUUUAAUAGACAAUAUUUAAAAACAAUUAUUUUUUGCUCAUUUUUUUCUGCAGUAUGGCUUAGCACUAUGGUAUACAGUGUUUUCCAUAUUUCUAUUGCAAAUGUCUAUAUCUUCAAUAAUAGUUAUCCUUUAUUCCUUGUAAUUUAUAAAAUAUUGUAGUACUAUACUCCUAAAGAAGAAAAAGUGUAAUAACAAUCAAUAAACAAAUUUGAAAUAUUUGGCACUCUUUUAUUUGUCACAGUAUUAUUUCUAUUUGCUUUUGAAGGCGAGAGUGUUUUUUAUCCUUAUCUUAUUUCCCUUUUAGGGGCUAUAUCUGCUUCUAUUUAUUACACAUACAAAAAAAAUAUUAGAUACGAAUAUCCUUAGAUGCUAGCUAUUUUUUUAUUCUCUGCUUUUGCUACAAUUAUAUUUGGAGUAUACAGCUUGAUUUUUGAAGAUUCUACUUUGGAUAUGAAUACAAGUCAUGGUUUAUUUGGUGUUUUCUCUUUUAAAUGGAUAUUCUUAAAUACUUUUAUCAGCUUUAUAACUGGAGUAGUAAAUAUGAAGGUAUUCUCUUUUAUUAGCUAAUAGCUUAAAACUCUUUAUAUAGAUAUACUAAUCGCAUUUGAACCUUUUACUGCUAUGAUUCUGGCUUAUUUUUUAGGAUAUCAAGAUUUCUUCUCUUAUAACUCAUUUAAAAUAUAUAUCUUCUACAUUAUAGCUCAUAUACUUUUAGCAAAAGGAAAAAGUGAGUCUCAAAUAUAACAAAUUCAUUUAUUAGAUGAAGAUAGUAUAGUAUUAAACUCAAACUAUUACAGUAGAUAUUCUCAUUAUAAUUUCUAAAAUUAAAAUAUUGUUGGUUUAACUCAAAAUGACAAAAACUCAUAUUUUCCGCCUAGUGUAUUUACUUCAGGAGCAGAAACUUAUAAAAAUUCUAACUUGAAUUUAAUUACUGGCAGUAAAACUUAGAUAAAUUGA